AAGGUCUCAGUUUAGCUGUAGCUGUCAGUUUCACUAUUGACGUUUUUGACAACGUCAAAGCCGCUCUUUCUUUCUGUUGUCUGUCAAGUGUUAGGCAGGUUUAGCAAAAAUGGCCAAGCGUACAAAGAAGGUCGGAAUCACUGGCAAAUAUGGAACCCGUUACGGUGCUUCCCUGCGUAAAAUGGUCAAGAAGAUGGAAGUGACCCAACACGCCAAAUACACUUGCUCCUUCUGUGGAAAGGAUGCCAUGAAGCGUUCUUGCGUUGGCAUCUGGUCAUGCAAGCGCUGCAAAAGGACAGUAGCCGGUGGCGCCUGGGUGUUCUCAACCACAGCUGCGUCAUCAUGCAGGUCCGCUGUGAGGAGGUUACGUGAAGUCAAGUAAAUGACUAGUAUAAGACAAUAAACACAAAAUCAAAA